AUGCGGUAUAUGGUGCACCCGGAGCUAUCGAUCAAGGAGCGAGCCUGCUGGUCAGUGAUGGUGAUCCUGUCGCUCGCUUGCUGCAUCGUCGGCAUCGUCAUCGCUCACGAACGGUGGAUGGAGAAGCCGCUCAUCGUGAGCUUUUCACCGUCGUCGAACCCCGUCUGGAAGAUGCCCUUCCCGGCCAUUACGAUCUGCCCGCAGACGCGCAUCGACGCCGAUCGAUUUAACGUGACCGAAGUGUUCCUGAGGUUGCGGCGGAAUCACUCCCUGCUCAGCGACCAAGAGUGGGUCCGGUUGCGUGCCCUUUCGCAUGUCUGCUCCACGGUCAUGCGCAACAAUGAGAACUACAGCACGGGAACGGCUGCCGAUACGGUGUCCGAGAACGAUGUGGUGCCCGAGCUGAUGAAAAUCUCGCUACCGCAGGACGAUCUCUUUCGGGCGUGCAUGUGGAGCUUCAACUUUCGACCGUGCCAAUCGCUGUGGGCCCGCAAGGUCACGGAGAACGGCAUCUGUUACAGUUUCAACACGCUGUCGGGCGAGGAGCUAUACACCGACGAUCAAAUGUUUCGUGAGGAGCAGUUCAACACGGAUCUGGCGAACAACUAUAUGUUGAAGACGACGCAUGCCAGCCUCAUCCAGAGCACCGGGUGGACCAUGGAGGAUGGUUACACCACCAACGAGGACCUUCUGGCGUACCCAAGACGAACGGCCAGUGGCGGUUUCAAGGGAGGAAUACUUGCACUGCUUGAAACCGACGCGAAAGACCGAGAGUACAUCUGCUCCGGCGCCCAACAAGGCUACAAAGUUACGAUCCAUGCGCCGGACGAGAUUCCGCGGCUCAGCGAGUACAACAUCCGAGUGCCACCGAUGCAGGCCGUAUCCAUCAUCAUCAAGCCCCGCAUGAUGACCACCCAGAAGAGCCUUCAUCGUCAUCCGGCUUCUAUACGCCAGUGUUACUUUUCGGAUGAACGCAGCCUGCGGUUCUUCCGAGUCUACAACGAGCAGAACUGCGAGUUCGAGUGCCUCGCCAACUACACGCUAAAGUUGUGCGGUUGUGUCACGUUCGCGAUGCCGCGGACGAACACGACCCGGGUUUGUAGGGCCCACGAAAUACACUGCUAUAAGGACGCGGCCACCAAGCUGAUGGAACUGGGCGGCCUGAUGCUCGAGGAAGGCGACGGGGAACUGUGCGGUUGUCUGCCCGCCUGCACAACGAUCAAGUACGAUGUGGAGCUAUCAAACGAUUGGCUCAACCUGGACCAGAUGCUGAGUUCGCUUGCCAAUACUGGUCCCGAUCGGGAGAGCGCCGAACCGAUGAUGCUGUACGUUUACUUCAAGGACAACAAAUUCCUGUACACCGAGCGCGUCGAGUACAUGACGUUCAACGGUGGGUUGGCUAGCUUCGGCGGCAUUCUGGCGCUACUGGCCGGUAUGAGUCUCAUCAGUCUGGCCGAGAUGGUCUACUAUCUAGCCGUUCGACCGCUGUGCCUCUGGAUGGGCUCGCGUCUCGUCUGCCGCUGCACGGUCAAGGUUGCCGAAGUAGCUACACACGAGGUGCAGCUGCGCCCUAGUGACCACCGAGUGCAUCCCGUACGACCUUGGAUCCCAUAG